CUUUCCUUCCUCGUUUCCUUCUUUCUCAAUAUUCCCACAACAUUUUGCUUCCUUUCUUUUUCUAUAUAAAUUCUUCUCCCUCUGAGUUUUCCAACUAAAACCCAACCAACAGAGCCACACCACCACCCACACCCAUGUCUCGCGGGAGAGCUCCUCCAAUAUCUUCCACGCCACCACCACCGUCGGUCCCCGCCACCGCCGGCGGCGACUUCUUCCGCUUCCUCAACCACUCCCCAAACAUGGAGCUCCAAGACUUCCGUCCCAGCAGAGGCCGUCAAAAUCUCACUCUGGGAGAGCUUCUCAAGCGAGUUGAAGACGCACAGAACAAUAACAACAAUCCGGUUGAUCACCACCAUAGCAUUCUCGAGCUCGGUUUCUCCUGCAACUCAGUUCCAGCUUCUUCUUCAUACCCUUUUGUCCUUUCCUUCAAUAAUCUGACUUACAGAGUGAAAGUUAGGAGUAAAAUGGCGUUCCCUUCAUACUUUGGCCGGAAAACUUCAUCAACUGUAGGUGGGAUAUUGGCGAAUAAUGAUGACAUGAUGGGUGAAACGAAGACUUUGCUGAACAAUAUCUCCGGCGAAGCUAGAGAAGGAGAAAUCAUGGCGGUUCUCGGUGCGAGUGGGUCCGGCAAAUCGACGCUGAUAGAUGCUCUAGCCGAUCGUAUCGCUAAAGAAAGCUUGAAAGGGACGGUGAGUCUAAACGGCGAGGUUUUGGAAUCGAGGCUGUUGAAGGUGAUAUCUGCUUACGUCAUGCAAGACGACCUCUUGUUUCCGAUGUUGACGGUGGAAGAGACGCUCAUGUUCUCGGCAGAGUUCAGGCUCCCUCGUUCCCUCUCUAAAUCCAAGAAGAAAGCCAGAGUUCAAGCUUUGAUCGACCAGCUUGGCCUGCGAAGCGCCGCCAAGACGGUGAUCGGAGAUGAAGGUCACAGAGGCGUCUCCGGCGGCGAAAGACGGCGGGUUUCCAUUGGUACCGACAUAAUUCACGAUCCUAUUCUCUUGUUUCUGGAUGAACCGACGUCGGGGCUGGACUCCACCAGUGCUUACAUGGUUGUCAAGGUGUUGCAGAGAAUUGCGCAGAGUGGAAGCAUUGUCAUCACCUCCAUUCACCAACCGAGCUACAGAAUUCUCGGAUUGUUAGACAGCCUGAUCUUUCUGUCCCAUGGACAGACAGUUUACAGCGGCUCGCCGGCGAACCUCCCGUCGUUCUUCGCGGAUUUCGGACAUCCUAUCCCUGAGAAUGAUAACAGAACUGAAUUCGCUCUGGACUUGAUUCGUGAACUCGAGGAAACUCCCGGUGGAACAAAGAGCUUAGUCGAAUUCAACAAGUCAUGGCAAGCGACGAAGAAUAAUCAGCAACAUCAAAACAAACAUUCUGGCGUACUUAAACUAUCACUCAAAGACUCAAUCAGUGCAAGCAUUUCGAGAGGGAAAUUAGUCUCGGGAGCACCCACCGACUCCAAUCCAUCCUCUUCGUUUGCCACAUUUGCAAACCCAUUUUGGAUCGAGAUGGCAGUGAUAGGCAAACGAUCGCUCACAAACUCUCGAAGAAUGCCCGAGCUUUUCGGAAUCCGAUUAGGUGCGGUUCUAGUAACCGGGUUUAUAUUGGCCACCAUGUUUUGGGGACUCGAUGAUUCACCGAAAGGGGUCCAAGAACGCUUGGGAUUCUUCGCGUUCGCAAUGUCCACCACCUUCUACACCUGCGCCGAAGCCAUUCCGGUUUUCCUCCAAGAGAGAUACAUCUUCAUGAGAGAAACAGCUUACAAUGCAUAUCGCCGAUCGUCUUAUGUCCUCGCUCACUCUCUCAUUUCCAUCCCUUCUCUCAUCGUCCUUUCCUUAGCUUUCGCAGCCACGACCUUCUGGGCCGUCGGCCUCGCCGGCGGUCUCUCGGGCUUUUUCUUCUUCUUCUUCACCAUCUUUGCCGCUUUUUGGGCCGGAAGCUCAUUCGUGACGUUCCUCUCCGGCGUCGUUACCCAUGUAAUGCUUGGUUACACCGUCGUCGUUGCAAUCUUGGCCUAUUUUCUACUCUUCAGUGGGUUCUUCAUAAGCCGGGAUCGAAUCCCGCCCUACUGGAUUUGGUUUCAUUAUCUAUCUCUUGUGAAGUACCCAUAUGAAGGUGUUUUGCAGAAUGAGUUUGAUGAUCCAUUGAAGUGCUUCGUUAGAGGGGUUCAGAUAUUCGACUCCACGCCGCUAGGGGCUGUGCCGGCCGCCAUUAAAGUGGAGCUUCUGAAGAGCAUGAGUGACACUCUUGGGACGAACAUCACGAGCUCUACUUGCGUGACUACUGGAACAGAUAUACUAAAGCAGCAGGGGAUUACUGAUAUAAGCAAAUGGAAUUGCCUAUGGAUUACCGUUGCAUGGGGGUUUUUCUUCAGGGUUUUGUUUUAUUUUACGUUGCUAUUUGGUAGCAAGAAUAAGAGGAGUUAAUAAUUUAGAAAUGGUAUAAGGUUGUUGUGGGGAAGUGCAACUACCAUACUUGAACAAGUAAAAAGUAGAGAUGCUCUGAUUAUCAUGAUGAUGAUGAUGGCCAUUUUUUU